AUGCUGGACAGCCCACAAUUACCACUAGUUGUUAACUUGUCGUUUGAUUACAAUGGCAUAAAAACGCGAUUCAAUAUAGUUCAGUUCGCCAACGUUAAUGUUGUUAUUAUUUCUAACAUUGAGAAGAUUGGACAAAUUGUACACGUAAUAUUUCCUGAGGCAGUCAUUACUUCUAGACUUCAGCCGACACAUAAUAUCGAUUACGAUACAAAAAUCCUCUUAGGGCCGCCGUUGGGUGAUUUCGAUCUUCUCUUAAAUCGUUUUGUGAAAAUACUGGUUGAACAUAAUAAACGGUGUAAUUUCCUGUUUUCAUUGGGUCUAGAUCACUUUGACAUAGACCAUGCUCGGUGCAUUAUACAAUAUCGGCAAUCUUCUGGAAAUGGACGUGUUAAAUGUAUCUUCUUGCCGAAAACGUCGUUCAAAAAAUUCAUAAAAGCUCGUGAAAGAGCUAGGGUGGAUUCAGAACUGGCAUAUUUAGCAAAAUUCGAAGAAUUUUAUGAGUGGCAAUUGAAGGAACCAACUAGGCAAUCACUUCCAAUAUUUGAACUUUUGGAUGGUCCACCGUAUGCAAAUGGUGACGCACAUGUUGGACAUGCUAUCAAUAAAAUCUUUAAAGAUUUUGUCGUUCGUAGUCAGGUUUGGAGUGGGAAGCGUGUCUUAUUUCGUCCAGGUUGGGAUUGUCAUGGACUUCCAAUUGAAUUGAAAGUAGCAAAAGAUAAUCGGCAAAAGGAUAUCUCGGUCGUUGAAAUACGAAAAGCGGCUCGGCAGAUAGCGCUACAUUCAAUUGCGUCCCAACAGAAUUCGUUUAAAAAAUGGGCGGUUACAGCUGAUUGGGAAAAUCCUUACUAUACAAUGGAUAAAAAAUAUGUUGCAAAAGAACUUAGGCUUUUUGGUGAAUUGUAUAGGCUUAAAAUGAUUUAUCGAACAUAUAUGCCAGUUUAUUGGUCACCAAGUUCAAUUACAGCUUUAGCUGAAUCAGAAUUGGAUUAUAAGGAGCAUAGCAGUACAGCCACUUUUUAUCGAUAUACGAUUAUAAAUUCUGGGUUAAUCCUUUCCAAAUGUAAGAAAGAGAAACGUCCAACAAAACUCUAUGCAUUAGUUUGGACGACAACUCCAUGGACAUUGCCAAUGAAUAACGCAGUUGCGUACAAUAAAGAUGCAAUUUAUGCAGUGGUGGAAUUGCUUGCCGAAGGGCACUAUAGACGUCCAACUCGGCAUUUAUAUAUUUUGGCAAGGGAUUUAAUUGGCAGUUUCGAAAAGGAAACAAAAAUUAUGACUAGAAUAUUGUCCACCUUCGCUGGUAGUGAACUGGAAGGACUCAUGUAUCGAAGUGCAAUGUUCACUGAUUUAGCACAGCCAUUUAUAGAGGCAAAUCAUGUAACAACUGAUGUUGGAACAGGUCUUGUACAUCUAAGUUAUGCACACGGCUUAGAUGAUUUCAAAGUAGCAUUAAAGCUCGGUGAAAAAGUGCAUUGCUUUGUGGAUGAACGGGGUUGCUAUACAAGGGAUCUUGGUCAUAAUUUAGAGGGGAAAUAUGUUUUGAGGGAAGGGAACGAUGCCGUAUUGAAAAUGUUCAGGAAGAAUGUUGUCUACACGCAUCAGUACAAUCAUCGAUAUCCGUAUGACUGGAGAACAAAACAGCCAGUAAUUAUACGAAGUAGUAAGCAAUGGUUCAUUGAUGUUUCGGAAAUUGGUGUUGAAGCAGCUAGAAAAAUUGAGAACGAAGCGCCACCUAUAGGAAGUCCCCAUUCAGAUAAAGCAGAGGCUCUGUUAACGCAAUUAAAAAAUCGAAUUGCUUGGUGCAUUUCACGACAGCGGUGUUGGGGCACGCCGAUUCCUGCAUUUUAUAGAGCAGAUGGUAGCGUCCUUGUGGGUAAAGAUAUCAGCAAUGCCGUGGCAAAAACCGUCGAAAAAUAUGGGACAGACGUUUGGUGGGAGCGUACUGCGAAUGAUUUAUUUCCUGAAAAGUUAAUGAAUAAAUAUGGAAUUAGAGCAGAAGAAAAAUUGGAAAAGUCAUGCGAUAUACUAGAUGUGUGGAUGGAUAGCGGAGUUGCAUGUGCAUCGACACGCCAAAGAGCGGAACCUGUUGAUCUCGUAGUGGAAGGCGUUGACCAGUUUCGAGGCUGGUUCCAGUCGCUUUCGUUAAUUUCAUUUGCUUUGAAUAAUAAAUUGCCAUACAAAUGCAUCUAUGUCCAUGCUUUUGCAGUGGAUGAAAACGAACAAAAGAUGUCCAAAUCAGUGGGAAAUGUGGUCAGCCCUGAGCUGAUUACAGAUGGUUCACUGAAUUCAGAACCUCAUGGCGUUGAUGGUCUUCGUCUUUGGGUAGCUCAGUAUGGAUGUGAAGGUGAUAAAGCACGAAUUGGCUCUUCGGUCAUGGAAGAAGUUAGACGAAAUUAUGCACAGUUGCGCGCUUCAUUCUGGUUUCUGCUUGGCGCAGUCAAUGGUUAUAACGGAGCCGUUUGCUGUGGUGAAAAAUUUUAUAUGGAUAGGUAUAUUUUGCAAGAAUUAGCAAAAUUUACACAGCAAUGUCUCAGAAACUGGAACGAAUAUCGUUUUUCAUUAAUGGUUAACGAAUAUAUGCAGUUUCUGCAACAUCCGCUUAAUUCACCUUACAUUAGUGGUGUGAAAAAUAGGCUAUACUGUGGAAUGUUUUCCGAGAGACAAAUUGCCCAGGCAACAUUGGCAAAAGUUGGGUUAAACUUAGCAGCACUUCUUGCUCCUAUAUUGCCUCAUUUGGUGGUGGAGUUUUUCAUGCAUCAUCCAUGCGUUGAAGAUUCUGCUGUUGCUCUCAGAGAAUGCAGUCAAUUUUAUUGCUCAGACGACUCAAAUAUGACUGAGUUGUAUUCUGUUAUGAAUUCUGCUCUCGGCAUUCGAGCUAAAAUGUUUAAACAAUAUGGACAAAAUGAUCUCUCUAGAUUGGGAGUUUUGAUAAGGGGUCCCGAUAUUAGUCUCCAGAAACUAUAUCCGCUACAAGUAGAAUCAUAUUCGUAUCAUUCGCAGCUUGUGGAAAUCCUUGGCGUUUCUAUGGUUCGAAUAGAAUGUGAUAAUUCCAGUGAAGAAAUCAUAAUUGAUUUGGUGACUUGCGAACGAGAGUUUUGUAAGCGCUGCAGAAGGAACGUCAGGCUUAAGGAGGAAGAUUAUUGCGAUCGAUGCUCAAAAUCGAUAGCCGAAAAUGAAAUGUUACAGGAAAGAAAUACCGGGAAUAACUAUUCAAAAUCGCCACUAUCUUGA